CGCCCCUGCGACUUUUCAGCGGGCCAUGAACAUGGCUUUUCAGAAUUUCGUACGGAAGACUCGCCUGGCGCAGAGCAUCAUCAACUACUGCGUGAUUGUGUACAUGGAUGAUAUCCUGCUGCAUUCGAGUUCCUACGAGGGACACGUGCAACACAUCGAGUGGGCACUGCAUGCGUUACGAGAUGCAGGUUUCAAGGUGGCGCUUGAGAAGUGUCAGUUUUGCCUCACCACCAUUUCUUUCCUGGAGCACGUGGUGACAGACAAGGGACUCCAACCGGAGCCGCAGAAGGUGGCAGCUGUUAGGGACGCGCCAGUGCCUACCACUAUCACGCAAGUUCGCGCCUUUCUGGGCCUAGCCUCGUAUUACCGAAGAUUUAUCAAGGGCUUCGCAGCGAUUGCAGGACCCCUCACAAAUCUCAUGCGCAAGGAUCAGCCGUUGAUCUGGACGCCGAAGUGCGAUCAAGCGUUUUUCAAACUCAAGGCUGCUCUCAUUUCGGCUCCGGUCCUUAUAAGACCGGAUCCCGAAAAGCCUUUUGUUCUCAUCACCGACUGGCAGCCAGAGGCGAUUUUGGCGAUCCUUGCCCAGGUGGGACCAAUCGGACUCGAGAAUGUGGUAGAGUAUGCAUCCAAAUCAGUACCCGCCUACAAGCGCAACUACGCCGCUCCGACGGGAGAAUGCUAUGCGGCUCUUUGGGGAAUCAGUCACUUUCGUGCUUACCUGUACGGGCGAAAAUUCACCGUGGUGACUGAUCAUGAGCCCCUGUUGGCUCUGAAGAAGUCGAAGGAUUACUCGGGCAUGAUCGGGCGAUGGGCAAUGGUGUUGCAGAGCAUGUACUUUGACAUCCGCCAUCGGAAGCACGAGAGACACGGGAAUGCGGACGGGCUGACACGUCUGCAUCGGCCUGAAAAGGUUCCAAAGGGUGAGGAGGUGAUUCCGUGGAACGAACCCGAACAGGAGAUCGGACCUCGGUACGACCAAGUGGAGAUCUUAUCGAAGCAAACGAGCCACGUCACCACAGUGGCGGGAUUCACCGGCGACAUCAGCUCGGUCAAUCCGCUGCGGCAUACCGCGAUCUUGGCCUCGCUGCGCGAGUGGACGGAGCAAGGGUCCAACGUCCUGAACACCUUGGAGGCACAUUUGGACCCUUCGUUGUCUCCAGGCCGGGAGAUGGAGUGGUCGAAUGUCCCAAAGGAGUUAAAGACGGGUGUAGCGAGACGCGACAGCAGAGUUCCCUUGGAUAUCACGAAGGUGGCAGAAACGGACGUCGUGAAGAACCUUCGAUUUCAGGUUGUUGUUAGCAAGCCAAGGGUUUUGGAGGUAUUCAGGAUGGCGGACCCUGAUAAUGAUGGCUACUUAUCCGUCAGGCAAUUCAACCAGAUUGCUGGCGGUUCCGCCUCCUCAUGUCUUGGUCCAAUUGCAGCAGCUUACGCCUCAGCACAUUGUGAGGAUGGAUUCUGCAGGCUUUCGAGGCUUCGGCCUCCUGACCUGACUACUCGGUGCAUGUCCAGCAGAGCAGUCUGUUACUACUCCCAUGUUCUUUCUGUGCCCCAUCAUUGUGUCUGGACUGGUCCAUCUGCAUACUGCAUUGCUGUUGAUGAUGAUGAUGAUGAUGAUGAUGAUGAUGAUGACGAUGAUGACGAUGAUGACGAUGAUGACGAUGAUGACGAUGAUCAUGAUGAUGAUGGUUAAUGUUUCUGCAUUUGAAAUUGGAAGCAUAGAUGUUGUUCUUGUUAUGGUUGGACAUAAUAGUCCCACCCAGGCUUAUCCUGCCGUCCAUCUCAGGAUAUCCUGAACACACACACACACACACACACACACUCACACACACACACACACACACACACACACACACACACACACACACACACACAGACAUAUAAACAAUUAAAUUGACCAAUAAAUUGAAAUUAUGUGA